AUACACAUACGAAGGCCAAUUUUGGUCUCUCAGGGUCUGGGGUUUGGGAACCAAAAUACACACUUCAUUCCUUCAAAAAGUUCUGAUCGGGAACACCAGAGACUUCUAUUCAUCUUCCCAGAGUUGAAAAUUCAUUGAUAUGAAGAUGAGCCAUCGGCCAACUACCCGAAGUAAAAAUAAAAGGCAUAGGCCAGACGACAGUGCACAAGCCAAUGCAGAGAUUUUUUGGAAAAUUCACUCAACUGGUCAAUUUACAGAAGAUGAUUUAAAUCAGCUAUACAUGAUAUGGAAGCCUAUUUGUCAAGGUUGUCGAGUGAAUACAAAAGACAAUCCUAAUUGCUUUUGUGGACUGGUUCCACCUCUCAAUGGAAGUCGGAAAUCUGGCUUGUGGCAGAAGAUGUCAGAGAUUGUUCAUUCACUUGGUCCUGACCCAUCCAAGGAACUUCGUGCUUCCACCAGCUCACCAGCGGGCCUUACUAAUCUGGGGGCAACGUGCUAUGCAAACAGCAUACUUCAAUGCUUGUACAUGAAUAAGUCAUUUAGGGAAGGUGUUUUCUCUGUGGAACCAAAUGUUCUGAAAGAGCAGCCAGUGUUGGAUCAACUUGCUCGGCUCUUUGCACAGUUGCAUGCUAGUAAAAUGUCUUUUGUUGAUUCAGGACCAUUUAUUAAAACACUAGAGCUAGAUAAUGGAGGGGGUAAACGACCCCAAACACAACAGGACAGCCAUGAGUUCCUUACCUUACUUCUCUCCUUGCUUGAGCGAUGUUUGAGCUGUUCAAAACUUUCCAAGGCAAGAACAAUUGUACAAGAUAUUUUCCGUGGGAGUGUGUCACAUGUCACCACGUGCUCGAAAUGUGGAAAAGACUCUGAAGCUUCAUCCAAAAUGGAAGACUUCUAUGAGCUGGAGUUGAAUGUCAAGGGUUUAAAAAGUUUAGAUGACAGUUUGGACGAUUACCUGAGUGUAGAAGAGCUUCAAGGAGAAAAUCAAUACUAUUGUGAGUCAUGUGAAGCUCGAGUUGAUGCUACCCGCAGCAUUAAGUUGCGGUCACUGCCUGUUGUCCUUAAUUUUCAGCUCAAGCGUUGUGUUUUCCUUCCAAAGACAACAACCAAGAAGAAAAUCACUUCUGCAUUCUGUUUUCCUGGGGAACUGGAUAUGAGACACAGAUUGUCUGAGCAUUCUCAAUCAGCAUUAAUUUAUGACUUGUCAGCUGUCUUGAUUCACAAGGGUUCUGCUGUAAAUAGUGGUCAUUACAUAGCGCAUAUUAAGGAUGAGAAUACUGGGCAGUGGUGGGAAUUUGAUGAUGAACAUGUCUCAAACUUGGGGCGGCAUCCAUUUAGUGAAGGUUCUUCAAAUUAUGCCGCUAAAUCUGUUCAAACUGAGCAAGUUGUCCAUCCACCAUGCUCUGAGUCAAUUGAUGCAGUUGUGACUGGAAAUCAUGUAGAUGAUGGUCAGUCAAAAUCUUCAGAAUAUAAUGUUAAUUCUGUACAGACAUUCUCAUCUAGUGAUGCCUACAUGUUGAUGUAUAUUCUAAGGCAUUCAAAGAAUGGUGGUGAAAAUGUACAAAUGGAGUUUGGUGGAAUGAAAAUGGAUAAUGGUAGUGGUGUGGCUCCACAAAAUGGUGUUUCUCUUCCAUCUCAUCUUUGUGAAGAGAUGGAACAAUUAAAUUCGUCGUAUCUUGAUGCUUGCGAACAAUACAAAUUAAAGAAGGAUUUAGAGUUGAAUUGCAUCACUGAGCGCCGGCAGGAAGUUCGAUCAGUUCUUUCUCAAGCGCCUGUCCAGUCACUUGGGGAACCAUAUUUCUGGAUUUCAACUGACUGGCUUCGCCAUUGGGCUGACAAUAUCUGUCCCUCGAUCAUUGAAAACAACCCUAUCCAAUGCUUACAUGGAAAAGUCCCAGUUUCAAAGAUUGGCAACAUGAAACGAUUGUCGGCCAAAGCUUGGACCAUGUUGUUCUGUAAGUAUGAGGGUGGCCCAGCACUAUCCAAGGAUGACUACUGUGUUGGUUGUCUUUUUGAAGGGGCACAUAGUAUAGCUAAUGCUGAUAGCUAUAGGGAUCGAAUUAAAUCAAUGAAAGAACUUGCAGAGGCAGCACUUGCGGGGAAGUGUCUAGAUGAACCAAUGUACUAUGUCUCUAAGAUUUGGUUGAAUCAAUGGAUCCGCAGAAAAAAAGUAGAAUCACCUUGUGAAGCUGAUGCAGGACCAACAGCUUCAAUCAGGUGCCCUCAUGGGGAACUUAUGCCUGAGCAAGCUAUUCGUGCCAAGCGGGUGCUGGUUCCUGAGAAUCUCUGGCUUUUUUUAUACGACACUGCCAACACAGUAAAGCCUGAUGAUUCUUUGGGUUGUUCAACUUUUCCUUCAGACUCUGCACCAUGUUCUCAAUGCAGUAUUGAACUCACAGAAGUAGCAUGCUUGGAGGAUAGUCUAAGAGAGUUCAAGUUGAAGCAACGCCUGAAUCAUGAUAGAUUAGCUUUAGGAAAAAGUAUAGAACUUUUUCCUUUUAAAAGAUACUACUUGUUACCCACUUCAUGGUUGUCAAAAUGGAAAAGCUACAUCAUUACAAGUGGCAAGAAUGCUUCUUCUGCAGAACCUGAAACUUUGAGUAAUUUCAUUGAUUUGCUGAAAUGUGAGAAGCACUCAAGACUUCUUAAACGGCCUCCUGAUCUGAUUUGCAAACGUGGUGUGAUUCUGCAAAGGUCACCGAAUACAGAUGGGUUGACUAUCAUUACUGAGAAUGACUGGAAACUAUUCUGUGAAGAUUGGGGCGGAAUAGAGGAGAAAGGCAUAUCUGCUGAAAUUGAGAUUAGUAAUUGCAUGGGUGAUGAGUCAAUCAGGUUUUCUGCAGAAAUGGCAGUUUCUGAGGAGCAUACGAAUGCUCAAGAUGAAGCAAAUGGUGACGCUGACUCUAAACGGCUUCUGGUAAAGACUUGUCCUGAGGUAUGUGAAGCUUGCAUUGGUGAAAGAGAAAGCUGUGAGUUUAUGAGGAAGCUCAACUAUUGCAAUGAGGAUAUUUGUGUAUGCUUUGUUCGUGGCACAGAACCUCCAAGAUCCAUUUUAGAAGCAUCUGGAAACAGUUUUGAGCAGGAUCGUCGAACCUCCAAGCGCUCUAGGAAGACUACUUUUGGAAACUCUAUAAAUUUGAAUGUUUCUGGAUCCACAUCAAUCUACCAAUUGAAAAUGAUGAUAUGGGAAUCCUUUGGGGUUGUGAAGGAAAACCAAAUACUUCACAAAGGUUUCAAGAUAAUUGAUGGGGAAUCUGCUACUCUUGCUGACAUGAAUAUAUUUGCUGGAGAUACUCUGUGGGUGACAGAUUCAGAGAUCCAUGAGAAUCGUGAUAUUGCAGAUGAACUUUCUGAUCAAAAGAUGGAGGUGCAACAGGCAGAAGAAGGGUUUCGUGGAACACUUUUGACUUCAAAUAUUUCAUCUCAGGUUAUUUAGGAUGCAUGACAUCUUAAUGAUCAAUGCUUUUAUGAUAUUUCUACUGGGAAGGGACGGGACUGAAGCUUCAACGUAUUUUUUGGAGCAAUCUGGUAUAUUUUGUGAAUGCAGGCGUCAUUUGUAUGAAGUGUUGGUGCAUUGCGUCAUUUUGUAACAUCGCCCACAUCUUGGAAAGGAAAACUAUGUAUUUUUUUUCUUUUCCUUUUUGGCGAGCUCUCGGCUUCAAACACAUUAGUUUUGGGUUCCGGUCAGUGAGACAGUUUUGGGUAUUGGUAAAGUUAUAUCAAAAUAGUCGAUUGCUUAGCCGGUCACUUAAUGUACAUGUCUUGCCGAUUACAUAGUGAUCAUCGAAUGUACUAGUAAUGCUUGUUAUGCAUAUAACUGUUCUUUAGGUUUGUGAAAUUCUUCUUUUUCAAGCAUGAAAAAGUAUUAAUAUCAUUUACUUGUUUUACAAUUCAAAAUUGUAGCUUGAUCAAA